UAUGUUAUUUUGUUCUGGUUUGUGUAAUUUGAAGGAAGGAUGCAUAUCGAAGUAUUUCUCAAAUACACUCAAUCUAGCUUGCUUUCUGAGUCAGCCUGCCCGCUCGGCGCCUUGAAACAAUGCAUACCUACAAAGCAGUUCGGAUUUGUUAGGCUAGUAGCUAACGCUACAUUUAUCAUAUGCGAAGUUUAAAUGGGCACGGACACUCAGGUCGUGAGAUGGGAUGUGUGUACUGCUGGAGGAAUAAGGAGCUGAAAGAGGAGCAAAGUAUCCAUUGAAAACACUAGACUCUCAGACGUUUUACAGAACAGGGAAGAAGUGCUCUCCUGUUGCCAGUAUGUCGGCUGUUCCUGCGGCAGUCCCGGCGCUUGUUAAUCCCCCGCCACCAGAGUUCACCAACCCCAACAAGCCUGGCAGGAAAACUAACCAACUACAGUACAUGCAGAAUGUUGUGGUGAAGACUCUAUGGAAACAUCAGUUUGCGUGGCCCUUUUACACGCCUGUGGAUGCCAUCAAAUUAUGUCUUGCUGACUAUCAUAAAGUUAUCAAGAGCCCAAUGGACAUGGGAACAAUAAAGAAGAGGCUAGAGAAUAACUACUACUGGAGCGCCAGCGAAUGCAUGCAGGACUUCAACACGAUGUUUACCAACUGUUACAUCUACAACAAGCCUACAGAUGACAUUGUGCUGAUGGCCCAAGCUCUGGAGAAAAUCUUCUUACAGAAAGUGGCCCAAAUGCCUCAGGAGGAGGUGGAGCUGCUACCACCGGCCCCCAAAGUCAAAGCUGCCCACAAACCAGGAGGGCAUGUUAGUGCAGGGGGCCAAGCACAGGCUGAGUCAACAGAUUCACCCCCAUCCACUUAUCCCAGCUCCCCUCCACCUGUUUGUCAGACUCCUGUCAUAGCAGCUAUGCCAGUGCCAACCAUCAUCUCUGUUACCCCUGUCCAAGCUGUGUCUCCCGCUGCCUCCAUGAUGGCUGUGGUUCCCACGGCACAGCCAGUCAUCAAAAAAAAGGGGGUGAAAAGGAAAGCAGACACAACAACUCCCACCACCUCAGCAAUCUCUGCCAGCAGAAGUGACUCCCCUACCCAGCUCCUGGAAUCCAAACAGGGGAAAGUCUCAUCCAGGCGGGAGAGCACGGUGCGGCCCGUCAAGCCCCCAAAGAAGGGCACAGAGGACGGAGAGGUGCCCCUGCUCGGUGGCAAGAAAGGCAAGCUCGGCGAGCAGCUCAAGCACUGCGAUGAUAUCCUGAAGGAGAUGCUCUCCAAGAAGCAUGCAGCCUACGCUUGGCCUUUCUACAAGCCUGUAGAUGCAGAGGCGCUAGAACUGCAUGACUACCAUGAGAUCAUCAAGCACCCCAUGGACCUCAGCACUGUCAAAAAAAAAAUUGACAGUCAAGAUUACCAAGAUGCCCAAAGCUUUGCGACAGACGUCCGGUUAAUGUUUUCAAAUUGCUACAAGUACAACCCCCCCGACCACGAGGUUGUAGCCAUGGCCAGGAAGCUCCAGGACGUGUUUGAGAUGCGAUUUGCCAAGAUGCCGGACGAGCCCAUCGAAGCCACCCAGCCCUCCACCACGCCGGUGGUAAGCAAGAGUACAGAGAGCAGUGAGAGCAGCGGCAACACCUCCAGCUCGGAGAGCUCGGACUCAGAGGAGGAGCGGGCCACGCGGCUCGCCGAAUUGCAGGAACAGGUGGGUUCGGAACAGCAAAUCACUGUGGAGCACCCCAAUGGUAACAGGGCGGGGAAAAAAAACGGGUGUGCCAAACGUUUUCAGCUGAAGGCCGUUCACGAACAGCUGGCUGUUCUGUCACAGGCCCCAGUAAGUAAACCAAAGAAAAAGGAGAAAAGGGAAAAAGAGAAGAAGAAAGACAAAGAGAAGGACAAGGGGAAGGCUGAUAAGGGGAAGGCUGAUGACGAGAAGAAACCCAAGUCUGCACCACAAGCCAAGCCAGCAAAUCAGAAGAAGGCUCCAGCCCGGAAACCAAACAGCACGGUGGUGGCUACCAGGCAACCGAAGAAAGGGUCCAAGGUGAUGGUGGCGAACAACGAGUCUGAAGAGGAGCCGUCCCUUCCCAUGUCGUACGACGAGAAGCGCCAGCUCAGCCUUGACAUCAACCGUCUUCCGGGUGAGAAGUUGGGCAGGGUGGUCCACAUCAUCCAGUCCCGGGAGCCGUCGCUGCGUGACUCCAAUCCGGACGAGAUAGAGAUAGACUUUGAGACACUCAAGCCGUCUACCCUCCGUGAGCUCGAACGAUACGUCAAGUCCUGUUUGCAGAAAAAGCAGCGGAAACUUUUACCGGGCAUGAAGGAAAAGAGUGCCAAGUCUAAGGAAGAACUGGUUCAGGAAAAGAAGAAAGAGUUAGAAAAGAGACUACGGGACGUGAGUGGACAACUGAACCACAACAAGAAACCGCCUGAAAAAGAGAAGUCAGGCUCGGCGCCAGCAGGGGGCGCCUCUCGGCUGAGCGGAAGCAGCAGCUCCUCUGACUCUGGCAGCAGCAGCUCCAGUGGCUCCAGCUCAGAAAGCAGUGACUCCGAUUGAUCAGAGAAAGACCCCCCAUACCCUGAGUCCCUCUCUCACCUUAGGUAAUUUACCCCCCUUUUUAGCUAGUAGAGUACUCUCUUUUUUUUCUUCCCCUGGAUGACUUUUAUAAGAUAAAGAAGACUUUCGAUGACUGAGGAUAUUGAUAAUGUUUUGUAUUUAGAAAUGUCUUUAGAGACAAAGUAGGAAACGUGUAAGAAGAUAUAGCUGACGGAACAUAGUCAGGGUUUGUUUUUGCUGGCCCUCAAAGGGAAAUGCCUGGUAUCACCAGAACAACAUGUUAGUUAUUUUAAUUGAAGAGAAAAAAGAUUUCUGCUUUACAUGGGUGCUCGUAGCUGAAUCUACUUUGAAAGACUGUUAUACAAGUAGGAAAUCUUUAAGAAACACUAAGAUUGAUUUUGGUUUGGACAACAUUGUCUCAAGGGACAAAUACGGUCUUUCUCUUCCUGGGAUGGCUGUUGCCUGUAGUUUGACCUUUGCCACCUCACAACAUUCCAUUCAUUUUUUUGGACUGUAUGGAUACAGCUAUAUUGAAGAAAUUAAGAUAAUUGUUAUUUUUAUGAUCAUACAUCUAAUUUCCAUUGACAAUGUCAAACAAAUGGUUACUGGUCAUCUAUCGCAAAGAAUUGGAAACUGUUUAUUUUUGUUAUCAAUCUUCCAUGCUCCAAUCAGUGUUUAAAUCUGUUAUGUCUCAAGGGUCUGUUAAAAUAUAGUUGUGGGUUAACACUAGACUGUGGUUGAAUAGUACAUUGACUUAAUCAUGGCCCUAUCUGUAUUUCCUGAGGAUAUUUUAUCUACACAUUUGUGGCAAAGUAAAGUUGCUAUUCGAACACCUUUUGCUGAUUGUCUAAUUAUCUUUUUUGUGUCUCAUAUUUUCUUAGCAGUGUUUGCUUUGAUAUUCUGCAUCACGUAUGUGGAGCAUAUACAAAUGAACUUUUUUGGUUUGAUACCUCCCAAAGUAAUGUAUUACUAGAUGUACUCAUACCUUUAACAUCUGCUUCUCAAAGAGUUCACCUGAUGAUUUGUCAGGUGAUUUCUUUUAUCAAGCAGUUGAGACUGGGUUUGGAGUUUCUAUGUUUUUCUCAAUUUUAUUCGAUAGUUCUUGACACUUCUAUUGUCACUGUCCUUUACAUGUAUCUCUAUGCAGCCAGUGUUUAAUGUUAAAUGAUCCCCUCCUAAGAUGUUUUAACACACAUCACAUACUCUUGUGGUUUGUUUCCUGACCUGUUUGUAUAUUUGGCAUGUGCCAUAUCUGACAACUUUCAUUAUUGAAUGAAAUAACUAUUUCCUUUG